AUGCCGCGCGCGACGAACGAGAAGACCCCACUGCUGAAGGAGCCGCCCGAGGUCUCCCUGGAGGACCCGCAGCCCAGCCAGGGCGCCACGAUAUGGGAGCUGCGUGUGCUGCUGAUCCCGUACUUCUGGCCCAAGACAUGGGGACUGCGCCUCCGAGUGUUCGUCUCGUUCUCCUUCAUGUUCCUGUCGCGAGGCUCGCGUAUCCUGGCCCCGCUGUUCCUGAAGGAGGCGACGAACACGAUCUCGGGGAGCAACUUCACACGGAUCCCGGUGUUCGCUAUUGUCAUGUACUGCAUGACGCUGUUUGGAUUCGCUGCGGCGAAGCAGCUGCAGACGUAUCUGUACAUGGUGGUGAAGCAGCACGCGUACCAGGAUGUCGCUGCUAAUCUGUUCGCGCACCUACAUAGUCUCUCGAUGAACUACCAUUUGACCAAGAAGACGGGCAAGGUGCUGCGGUGUCUGGAUCGAGGCUCUACGAGCACGGACAACAUCGUCAACGUCAUUUUCUUCCGCUUACUGCCCACAUUUGUCGAGCUCGUGGUCGUCUCCAUCGUGUUCAUUUUCUCGUUCAAGGAGAAGAUCCUGUCGGUGGUGACGAUUAUUGGCGUCGUUCUGUACGUGGUCAUUACCGCGAUGGGCACGCGAAUCCGCUUGCGCUUCAAGAAGCAAACCAACGAGCACGAUAACCAGGCCAGUGAGAAGGCUGUCGACUCACUUGUAAACUUUGAGACGGUCAAGUACUUUUGCACGGAGGAUUACGAGCUCGCGCGGUACAUGUCGAGCAUCUACCUCUAUCAGAAGUCGCAGCUGUCCACUCGAGGCCUCAUGAACGCCAUCGUGGUGGCGCAGCAGCUCAUCCAGCAGACGUGCCUUGGCGCAUGCCUUCUGAUCUCGGCUCGCAACAUUUACUACGGGGUCAUGACGGUCGGUGACUUUGUGGCCGUGACGGUGUACAUCACCAACAUUUUCAAGCCUCUGGACUCGCUGGGCAACAUCUACAACACCAUCGUGCAGUCUUUCGUGGACAUGGAGAAUCUGGCGGAACUUCUGCGGAUUCAACCCGAGGUGCAGGACAAGCCUGGCGCUCCAGCAUUAGAGGCCUCUGCGACCGCUAGCACUGUCACGUUCCACAACGUAUGCUUCAGAUAUCCUAGCCAGCCAGCAGCGAACGGCCUCAAGGACGUGAGCUUUACCGUACCUACGGGCAAAACGGUGGCUAUCGUGGGCUCCACCGGUUCCGGUAAGACGACCAUCAGCCGCCUGCUAUUCCGCUUCUACGAUGUGCUGUCAGGCCGAAUCUCCAUCAACGGCCAAGACAUCGCUUCGGUGCGCCAGAAAUCUCUUCGCAAGAGCAUCGGAAUCGUGCCUCAGGACACAGUCAUGUUCAACGACACCAUCCGCUACAACCUCACGUACGGACACCGCCACUGCACGGACGAGGAGCUGAUUGCAGCCGUGAAGGUGGCCAACAUCUACGACUUCAUCAUGUCCCUGCCCAACCAGUUCGAUUCGCAGAUCGGCGAGCGUGGGCUGAAGUUGAGCGGCGGGGAGAAGCAGCGCAUCGCUAUCGCGCGCCUCGUGCUCAAGAACCCGUCCGUGGUGGUGCUGGACGAAGCCACGUCGUCGCUUGACACAGUGACGGAGCAGAGCAUCCACCAGGCCCUGAACGUGGCGUGUGAGGGCCGCACCACGAUCAUCAUCGCACACCGCCUCUCGACAGUUCGCCACGCGGACAACAUCAUCGUCCUCGAAAAGGGCCGCAUCGUGGAGACUGGCAGCCACUCGCAGCUCCUCGAGCAAGGAGGACGCUACCUGCAGCUGUGGACGCAGCAGUCUCGCGAGAUGGAGGACGAUACUCCCACCGAAGAGUGUGUCAUCAUGGCCGCCGCUGGAAUGCGCUUCUGCCGCGAGUGCAACAACAUGUUGUACCCGAGCCAGGACCGCGAGAUUCGCCGCCUGGUGUUCCGCUGCCGCAACUGCGGGCAGUCCGAGGACGUGGAGGAGAACUGUAUUUAUGCCAACGAGCUGGUCAAGGACACGCGUGUGCAGCUGGACGUGCUGCCGGGCGACGUGAUCGACGACCCGACGCUGCAGCGCGACUACGACGUGGUGUGCCCCAAUUGUAACCACAACGGCGCCGUGUUCAUCCGCUCGCAGGACGGCGUGAAGCAGUCGACGCUGGCGCUGAUAUGGGUCUGUCUGAACCGCGACUGUCAGGUGGACGAGGAGGGCAACCGCCUGCCUUCCUACCGCUGGAUGGGCUCCUGA